GCCGCGGGAAAAUCGAUAUUCGCUGGACGCCCGACGCUGACGAGUGUCGACUGUGCGGUGACGGAGCGUGAUAUUCACUUUAUUUUACGAAUAAAAUAAUCUAUUUCGUUUCGAUAUAAAGUGCACUGGUAUUUAAAAAUUAUGUGAUUUAAAAUAUUGUAUAAAUAUUAACAAAAGGUAAAAUAAAGUUUGAGAAAAUGGCAUUCUACAAAUUUGUGUAUUUGGCUUUUUUUAUAACUGUUUCGUCAGAAUUUGUAUGGAAACAUCAUAACAACGAAGAACUUCCUUUAGUUUUGGAAGAAAUACAUGAAAAAUGUCCUAAUGUAACGAGAGUGUAUGCAUUAACCGAGCCAUCUGUUAGAAAUGUGCCACUAUAUGUUAUCGAGUUUUCCGAAACUCCUGGAUUUCACCAACCAUUUAUACCAGAAGUGAAAUAUGUGGGCAAUAUUCACGGGAAUGAGGUGCUCGGCAGAGAGUUGUUACUAGGUCUAGCGAAUUAUCUUUGCGAUCAGUAUAUAAAUCGUGAUCUCCGUAUUGUGAAUCUUAUUCAUAAUACCAGGAUUCACUUACUUCCCGCUAUGAAUCCUGAUGGGUGGCAAUUAUCAACAGAUACUGGUUCAAAGGAUUUCCUUAUCGGAAGGACAAACAAUCAUUCUAUAGAUUUGAAUAGAAACUUCCCUGAUUUGGAUGCAAUUACAUUUGAAUUUGAACGUCAAGGAAUAAGUCACAACAAUCACUUAUUAAAAGAUGUUACCCGUCUUGCUGCACCGCUGGAACCAGAAACAAGGGCUGUGAUGAGAUGGAUGAUGGCGAUCCCAUUUGUGCUAAGUGCAGCGUUGCAUGGUGGAGACCUAGUUGCCAACUACCCUUAUGAUGAGAGCCGCAGUGGAGCCCCUGUCUCUGAAUAUUCUGCUAGUCCCGAUGAUGAGACAUUUAGGGAGUUAGCAAUGUCAUACGCGGAAGCACACGCGGACAUGGCGGACCCCAAUCGUCCCGGGUGCCCCAUAGGCGCGGGGGAAGAUACCCAAUCCUAUAAUUUUGGGAAACAAGGUGGAGUUACUAAUGGAGCAGCGUGGUAUAGUUUGAAAGGAGGUAUGCAAGACUUCAACUACUUGGCAACUAACGCGUUUGAGGUAACCCUCGAAUUGGGUUGCCAAAAGUAUCCCCCAGCGAACGAAUUGGAAAGCGAAUGGCACAGAAAUCGUGAUGCCUUACUCGCGUUUAUAUGGAAGGUGCAUACUGGAGUCAAGGGUGUGGUCAGCGAUGACUCGGGAUUCAUACAAAACGCUAUAAUAUCUGUGGUCAACAUCACUGGACCGGUGCCAAGGCCGAUACGACAUGAUAUUACGACAGGUGCAUACGGUGACUACUACCGUUUACUGACGCCCGGCCACUACGAAGUAACAGCGAGUCAUCCCGGAUACUUCCCCGUGUCACGAAUCGUCACAGUACCACACCAUCAAACAGCUGCUAAGAUACUCAACUUCAGACUGGAGCCCACAACAAGCUGGUUCGACGACUACACAACAUUCGGUUUGUAUCCUCACGGCCUUCGCGACGGACAACCGCGUAUUUACAAGAGAUCGCUAUACGAACAAAUUACUAACACGUUACUAGAGAAAAAAGAAACCCCAAAACAUUAAAACCAAAGUCCAAAUGUAUUAAUCGAGAAUUCUAACAAAUUAAAUAAAAGUUUUAACAAUUUUUGAAAUAUAUUUCUAAUAGACAAUUGAAUGUUUGUGUAAAUGAUAGUAAAAUCAUGUUAUCGUACGGUUUUUCUGAGAUGUAAAUAAUGAAUAAUUAUGAUCACUUUUACGGCAUUAAUUUACCUUAUCCAUCUUUGUUUGGAGUAACAAUUAAUUAGUGGGGAAUCUUUGAACAAAUUUUAUUAUAUGUAUAUUCAAUUGCAAUGAUAAUAAUAUGAUCUAUUUCUACAUAAAAUAUCACAAAUGUAUGUCACAAAUUAAUAUACUUCACGUUUUCCACAACAGUGCCAUAGAAUAUAUUUUUAUUGUAUUAUAUUAUAUUAUGUGAAUAUUAUUUAUUUCCAAUAAAAUCAGUGGUUGAAAGUAUUUUCAGUGUAAAUAAUUUCUCUAGUCGAAACUGAGAUAGGUAUAGUCAAAAUAACGUAUAUUAAUAAUUGUAUUCAUGCUAUCUGUUGUUUUAAACAUUCCAAAUUUAAUUCGACAUACUAGUUUCAAAUAUUACUGGGUCUUUAAAUAGACAUGGCUGGAUCCGUGAAAUAAAUCAAUGUAAACCUAUAAAAUACAUAAUAGAAAAUAUACGAUGUAUACAACCAUGAACCGUGAAUAAUGCAUUUAUAAUAAAUUCGUGCAAAAAUCACAAUUAACAAUUUCAUUAAAUUAUUUGAUAAUCUCUGUAUAUUACCCAUGAAAUGCUACCAAUGUUUUUAAUUUUAUAUGUACAGUAAGUAAUAACAUUCAUUUUAAUACGACUCUAAAUUGUUCUGUUAUAGUUUAUAGACGAAACUUUGUAUCUAUACAUAUUUUAAGUUUAUUGUCACUUUCAGUCUUCUUAGAAUAAUAGUGUAAAACACUGAAAUAAAAUAAUGCGCAAGUUA